GUUUGGCGCCUCUGCAGCCUCCGACUCCGAGGCCACCCGAGGCGCUUGUCGCACCUGUUCGUCGCCUGUUCGGGCCGCUCACCGUGUCUUCUGUCAAUGCUUAUCCUCUACGUGCUGGUAGCCAACCUUUCCAUCAUCACAUUCACGGAUCCAGAAAGCCGCUACCGUCACAAACACCUUGUCCGGCGCAAUUCCGACGACUCCUCGACCGACGCGCGGUUCUUCAGACUGAGAAGCCAUCGAUGCACCCGCCGGAGCGGGAGAGGGGGCUCGGGCAUCGGGCAUCGAGGCCGCUUACCUAUGUUUGCAGGUGGAUAAACGCGGACGCUACCCUAGUGAUGACAUAUUGAUAGCGGCAUCCUGGCACUCGCAUUUGACAGAAGGAGGCGUCGGGGACGUCAUGCGUGGAGACGCGGAUGAACCGCUGCUGCAUUCGUGCAAGAGCGUGAACGGUACAGGCUCGUAGUUACCGAUUUAUACUAGCUUUGGUAUGCCGGGACGACUCACACUGUCUAAACUCACUGUGUAACAG